GAAGUUUCAGUUUCAGCGCUUCCGGAAGCUUUGCCUCUAGCGGAAAUGUUCUAUAACCUUUAACGGAUUUUUAUAACGAGGUAAGCAUGUCUUAGUUUGUCUCGUUAUCGGUCAUCUGGCUGUGCACGUCACCGCGAAGGGGUUGCAAAUCUCAGUAGGCACACAUUCCUCAGCAUAACACCGGCUGGAGCGAGCGUGGAGCGCUGGUCUUGGAACCAGUUUCGGUGCAACACCCAUGGUUUAACCGUGUUCAGGCGCGGCUGGGCGGACCUCCGUGAAGAACACUCUCUGAGAGAAGGAAGCAGGACACCUGAAGGAUGAGCUUAAUACGCAGCCAGCCAGGUCAUCUGCUCACAUUAUGGAGGUGGACGAGGAGAGUGGAGAUGGUUUCUCCAGCCUCCUGCUUUCACUGCAAGACCUUCAGCUCCAUUCCAGCAGACCCAGAUCCCAUAGAAAUCCACAAGAGGAAGCUCUUGCUGUGGUUCAGCCACCUUCCUAAGGAGGAAAAACUGUUUGGAGGUGUCCUCAGUCCAGAGUCCAUGCACGUGGAUCCACUGAUCAUAGAGAGAAAGGAAGACGAGAGAGCAGGACUGCUCCGAUCUCCUUACCAGUCUAAGGCUUACUCUGGCCAUCCAGUGACUGUGGAGCAGCUGUUUGGUGAUAACAACACCCAGGCUGAUGGCCGGGGGCUCAACGUGCUUCUGUAUGGGGCUGUGGGAACGGGCAAGAGUACGGUGGUUCGAAAGCUGGUGCUGGACUGGUGUACUGGGAACAAACUGGGUCGCUUCAAGCUCCUGCUUCCUUUCUCCUGCGAGGAUAUCAGUCAGAUUUCAAAGCCAGCGUCUUUGAGGGAUCUGGUGGGCAGAAAGUACCUCCAUUUGAGAAGACACCCUCUACUUAAUGGGGAGGGAGAACAGGCCAAGGAUGUGCUUUUCCUCUUUAAUGGGAUGGAGAAGAUGCAGUUGGAUUUCCGGAUCGGAUCCUAUGAGCUUUGCAGUGACCCUAAUGAGCCACUUCCUCCAGGCGGUGUUGUGGUCAACCUGCUCAGGAAAUAUUUACUGCCUGAGGCCAGUAUCUUGGUCAGCACCAGGUUGUCGGCUCUGGAUCGUAUCCCACAGAAGUAUGUGAAUCAUUACGUACAGAUCUGUGGUUUCAAUGACCCGGACCGGCAGCGUGCGUACUUCACCAGCCGCCUGCUGCAGCAGAGGGGAGAAACUGCUCAGAACCAAGAAGCCCAAGCUCUCAUAGAGCUGCUCUACCUCAACCUGCAGAGAGAAAGCCAGCUGGCUGCUGCUUGCUAUCUCCCUUCCUACUGCUGGCUCACAUGUGCUACCUUACACUUUCUUCACUUCACCAAUACCCAGGCACCCAUCCGCACACUGACAGGGAUCUACACUAGUUUCCUCCGGCUUAACUUUGGUGGUGAGGUGCUGAGCACGGGAACAGCGACAAAUGAGUCCAUUCAGGAGCAACACGGCUCCCUGAUGAUGUAUGUGGUCUGUACAGUUGGUAAACUUGCAUAUGAUGGAGUAAUGUACAAACGCACAUCAUUCUCAGAGAAGGAACUGGAACAGUGGAUAGGUGGGAAGACCAAGACUGACGAGGAGCUCCAUCUGCUGGCCAUGUUCCAGACUGAUGUCCUAGACUUCUUUUUGGCUCCUUGUGUCGAGAGUCGAAAGUAUAUUCCGAAAGACCUCGGUGAGAAUGGUGAAAGGCGCUAUGUGUUUGCUGUCCCAGCCAUGCAGGAAUACUUAGCCGCUCUGUACGUAGUUUUAGGAGAAAACAAAUCUGCUUUGGAAAAGCUAACCAAGGAGGUCUCGGUGGCCAUUGGUCAGGCGAGUGAAGAUGUCAAUGCCAUUGUCAACAUUUUUUCCAAGUUCAUUCCCCUCCGGAUCUUCGCCAUAUUCAACCUGCUGAAACUUUUUCCAAAGCUGUUUGAGAAAAUAAUCAGUCAGAACAAAGGGAAGAUAGCCAGAACCAUGGCAGCGGAGAUGUUCCGCACUGAGGACAGCUAUAAUGAGGAUGUCUUGGAUCAAGUGGAGCAAAGCCUUUUGGGAGUCCAUGGCCCAAAGCCAAAGCAGUAUGAUGACAGUCAGCCCUUUGAGCUUUACCCCAUCUUCAUGGGUGGACUGUUGCAUUACGGGAAUCGUGUCCUUCUCCAGCAACUAGAUUGCAACAUUCAGAGUGCGACCGUUGCUCAGAUUACCCGUACCCUUAGGAAGUACCUUGUCAGAGAGAUCAGCAAACCUCUGCCUCCAGAAGAGCUGAUGGAUCUGCUAGUCCUUCUGUAUGAGUUUCAGAAUCCCAGACUGACCGAAGAGGUUCUGUUUUCGAUCAGAAGAAUCUGUCUCACUAACAUUCGUAUGACUUCACUCAAAUGCUUCAUACUCAGCUCAGUGCUUUCAUGCACCCCUGCAAGCUAUCGCCUUAAAGAGCUGGACCUGUCCUCCUGUCUCCUGAAUCAUGACAUGCUCCAGAUGUUGUGGCCUGCCUUCAGACACACGCACAGCCUCAAUCUGCAGUUUAACAGCCUGGGUCCUGAGUCCUGCGUCACACUGAGAGACCUGCUUCUGGACCCCAAGAGUUCCAUUAGCUCUCUACAGCUGUGUGACAACCCACUGCUGGACUCUGGCUGCAGCACCCUGCUAGAGGCUCUUCCACACAACCAGUCGCUGAUGCACCUGUCCCUGUUGCACACUGGGCUGGGGGACAGUGGGGCUCUGGAGUUGGCCGAGAGGCUCCAUCAACACACCACGCUCCAGGAGCUCAACGUGGCCUACAACAACAUUGGAGACAGCGCAGCUAUGAUUCUGGUUGAUGCCUGCAGGGAGCAUCCCAGCAUUCACACUUUGCAUUUGUAUCUGAACCCUAUCAGCAAUCUGGGGAAGCAAUCGCUGUCUGUCCGAGGCGUAUCAAAGGCCAGCAGCAACCGGAGGGUCAGGGUUCUGGCGUCUGUCACUGAAGGUUCAGACAUCUCAGAAGACUGGCACCCUAUUCUCAGCGUGAUCCGAGAGAAUGCCUCAACCUGGGAACGCAAACGUGUCAUGCAGCAGCUCGAGAUUUUCCUGAAAGAUCUUGAGUGGGGACGUCAACAACAACCGAGCUUCUGGAAGAGGCUUCACUUCCGUAGAGUCCAGAAACAAGUCCAACACACCUUACAGAUGCUGGAGAAAAAUGUUCUACCUCCCUCCAAAGGAUUCAACAAAUGACACCAUAAAACAGAAACCCUCUUUAUCAGAGUCUCAGGUCUGAGUCUGACUAGUUAAACCUACAGAUGCAUCUUCAAGGCCUUGACUGAUUUUUAGUCCAGAGCAAUAAAUCUUCUAGAGAACAUUUCAGUGUGUUUACCACCAAGAACUGAUCAGAACACAACAGAGAAGUUGGGGGACAUGUUUGUUUGUAACUUUAUUCUAAAUACUGAGUUAAAUGUGUUUAAAGAGCUGGGGUCUCAUUCAUAAAGUUUGCUUACGCACAAAACGGGAUUGGAAAACUGCGUAAGCAAGGAUACAAUUAUGAAUUCCAGCAGCGUUACCACUUCUACCGCUUUGUGCGCACACAGAACAAUGUUUUAUAAAUGAAACCCCUGGUGAGCAAAAAUGAUUUAGAUUUCUUUCUAUGCAAAAACAAGUUUGUCAGUCAAUCUACCUUUGAUGGUGUAUGUGUGUGUGUGUGCGUGUGUGUGUUUAAAACCUCCAAUAUAUCCUUGUGGGUACACUGAAUAUGAUGUACGGAGAUUGAGGACACUGGUGAGCAGGUAUUCUAUUCUUAUCUGAUUUGUGUGUGUGUGUGUGUGUGUUUGACCCUUAAUUUCUUACUCUCUCAGAAACACACAUCCUAUGACCCAAACACAAAAAACCAGUAGGUGACUGCCAGACACAGAACUGGCACGUAAAACAUGAUUGCUCCGACUAGCUCCAUAAAAGUUUGUCAUGUUUUUGUUUAAAUCACAUGAGCAGGUUUUUUGUCUCUAACAAGUUCUUUGUUAAUGUUUUCCAUGUACUUACACACUGUUUUUGAAUGCGGAGCACUCUGAGCUUGUGCUAUAAGCAAAAACGUUUAAUAAAAAUAAAAGCUGUUUUAAGGUUAAUCAAA